AUGGCUGUUUGCAUCCAAAAGUCAUUCAUUUCCCCGACUUCGAGUUCAAAUUCCUUUCCGGCAAUCAGGUCUCACUUGAAAAGAUGUGAGAUUGCAAGGCAUUGUGGAAAGACGUACGACGCUUUCUUGAAUUUUGAGGUAGAGGAUAAUAGCAAGAGCUUCACAUCCCAUCUGUAUGAAGCUUUUGAGAGAAGUGGGCUGAAAACUUUUAAAGACGAUGUGAGUCUCAUAGCAGGAACUGAGAUUUCUGCCGAACUUUUAGAGGCCAUUGAAGAAUCAAGAACGGCCAUCCCUAUUUUUUCUCGAGAUUAUGCCUCAUCACCUUGGUGCUUGGACAAUCUCGUAAAGAUUAUGGAAUGCAAUAAGAAGUAUGGGCAAUCUGUUUUGCCUGUAUUUUAUGAUGUGGAUCCAUCUGAUGUUCGACACCAGAGGAAUUCUUUCGCCGAUUCAUUUGAUAAACUCAAUGAGAAAUACAAGGACCAACCGGAAAGGGUAAAGAGAUGGAAACAAGCCUUAACUGAAGCUGCCAACUUAUCUGGAAUCGACGUCCGUAACACUUUUAAUGGGAAUGAAGCAAAGGUCAUCCAGGAAAUUGUCAAAGUGGUUGAGAGGGAGGUGACAGUCAUAAGAUCAACUGAAAUAAAACAGAUAAGGGGAGUGGAAUUUCACAUGAAAAAGCUAAACGGAUCCUUAAGAUUGGGAUCUGAUGAUAAUGUUCGUGUUAUUGGGAUGUGGGGAGCCCCAGGAACUGGAAAGACUGCAAUUGCAAAAGCCAUUUUUGACACGUUUUCACACCGCUUUGAAGGUGCAGUUUUUCUUCCAAAUGUUGGGGAAGUUACGGCGGAACAUGGCCUUGUAUAUUUGCAAAAUGACCUCCUCAAAGAAACCUUCAAUUAUCAUGUUCAGGCUAAAGAUGUAUUUGAAGGAAUCAACUUGAUAAGAGAAAAGCUUCAAUCGAAGAAGGUCCUCAUUGUUCUUGAUGGAGUUGAUCACGUGAAACAGAUUCGCGCUUUAGCUGGUGAUCGCGAUUGGUUUGACAAAGGUAGUAGAAUUUUGUCACAACGAGGGACAAGAAUGUGCUGCUACAGCAAAAAAUGGAUGCAAGUUACGAGGUCAAAUUACCAGUGGAAAAUGAAGCCAUACAGUUCUUAAAUAGAGUGACCAAAUUGGCCGAGGAAAAUCCAGGCGUCCGGAUUUUUAUUAUCCUAGCCAGAGAAUUCAUUCUUCUUCAAGCAAGGCAAUUCCUUGUGGAAUUUCUAUGGAGGAUCGUUCAUGACAACUUCUCAUAAUUUCUCGGGAAUUUUAUCUUUUACGGUAUUAGUUUGAGAUGUGUGUUAUUUUUUUAUUUUAUUUUUUUGUAAAAAGCAUAUGGAGCAAUGAUGUGUACUCUAGAAUUGAAAA